AUGGGGGUGGCCCAAAACACGACAUCUAUACCUGUGAAUGUUGGCGUGGUUCUUGACUUGAAUGAUGUUUUGUAUGGAAGUAUUGGGUUGAGUUGCAUCAACAUGGCCCUCUCAGACUUCUAUGCCACUCAUGGAGACUACAAAACCAGACUGGUCCUCCAUAUCAGGGACUCCAAGAGAGAUGUUGUUGGUGCAGCUGCAGCAGGAAAAGUGUUUGCUGCUUUAAGAGGAGAGGCAGGAGAAGAUAUUCUAGGGACUGAGAAAUGA